UUGCAUGAUCAGCUCCAGACCUGGUCUUCUGGGGGAGAUGAGAGCUCCUCAGAAGAGAGCCCCAUGCUUACUUUCCAGGACACUGCACCGGAAAAUUGAGUCAGGGACCUGCUGGUGGAAAAAAAACACCACAAGCAGAGUUACAUUUCUCUGUUUUCUGGACUUUUUCUGACAUCAGGUGGUCUGGAGAUUGGGAGGAGCUCUACUCAUUGGAACCUUUCUCUGUAAGACAAAGCAAUUCACAAGCUGCAACAUGCCCUCCAUGUUUGAGAAAACUGCCAGGAAACUGGUCAAAGAGAUUGGAGACAAAGAUCUCAGGCCUGUCACAGGCGUCAUGAAUGCCAACAAAAUACGUCGGUUUUCUCUAAUACGGAGGAAGAAGGCUCGCUCAAUGUUUUGGCAACUACCUGAUGUUCCAGUUGACAUCUCCCUCCUGGACAUCCUCGAACCAAGUGUUGUGGUCCCAGAUGCUGCUGUGGAAGUGACAGCCCUCUUCAGUUACACUGUUGGCUGGAGUCAGCACGCGGGUGCGAGUGUGAACGCUGGGGCAGAUGCGAGUGUCUCAGAGGAGACUACAGCGUGCCAAGGAUCCUCCCUGGAUUAUAAGAUUGUUAGCACCCCAUAUGAAACCUGGACAGACCUUCAGAAGUGGAAAGUGAUGGACCCAGAGCCAUCAUUUCUGAAGCAAUGCCGGAGAACAGAGAUGAAUCUGUAUGUUGUGACUGACAUCGUAGAACUGCGUGAGAGUUGUGUGUUGGAGGAUCACAGUGGUGUGAAUGUCUCAGGAAAAUUCUUGUUCAAGAGGAAUCCUUUAUUCAAGGUUGAAGGAGGGGGCGGGGCUCUGAAAGUGAGCAAGAAGACGCAUACUGUGCCAGAGGGCUCGGUGUUGGCCUAUAAGAGGAAGCAGCUGGUGUUCCUGGGGAACAGCUGGGACAUUCUUCACUCUGCAGAAGAUGAAGAGAAGACCUUUCCAGGUGCGUUGUUUGGCAGGUUCUCUAAGGAGAGAAAGGGAGAGUCGGCAGAAAGUAACUCUUGGGUGGGGAAUUUAAUUUCUCUUCUAGGCAGCAGAGUAUGUUUCAUCGAACCAAUACAAAGAAUACAGGAGCCUCCCUUGACUGAUUUCAAGCACCUACAACAGGAGGUUUCCCGGGAAGUAAGCAUAGUAGGCCAGCUCUCAAAGGACUUCAAGGACGUUGUGUUCUCCAACAUUCUGGACAUGCUGGGGGACCGAGAGCCCCUCCAGGACCUCUUGGACACGCUUGCACAGGAACCCUUGCAGGGUCAUUUGGAUGGCCCUGGUGGCACCAUCCUAAAUGAACUGCAAAAGGACCCCAGCUAUGCAUGGAAUGGCUCACAGCACCUCAUCCUUUACCUGCUUGAAGCCAUCAUGGCGCUGAGUGACAUGCAACACUGUCUGCUGGCCCCAUCCAUGGAGAAGAAGAUCCUCUCCCAGCAGCGGGAUCUGGUGAGGAGCAUCCUGGAGCCCAACUUCAAAUACCCUUGGAGCAUUCCCUUCACCCUCAAACCCGAGUUCCUCGCCCCCCUGCAGGGGGACGAUUUGGCCAUAACCUAUGACCUGCUGGAAGAGUGUGGCCUGAAGAUGGAGCUGCAUAGCCCCAGGUCAACCUGGGACCUGGGAGCCAAGAAGCCCCUGUCUGCCCUGUAUGGGGCCCUGUGUGUGCUGCAGCAGCUGGCCGAGGCCUGAGCCCCCUGGUGGGCAGGACGGGCGCCAGUCCCCUGGGUCAGCCCACAGAACCUGCCAUUGGCCCUGGUGCUGUCUUCUGCUGCAAACGCCGCCAGGCCGUUCUGUGCAUGUGUGGUUGUGUGGGGAGUUUCAGGCUCCACACAUAAAUGCUGUCCAGCUUGGUCUCUG